ACGGAUGACGCUCCGCCACAAGGUAAACGGCUCGAAGCUGCUCGACGAACCGAGAGAGUCCGGACGGUUCGGACACGGUUCGUGAACGUGUUUAUGCUCUCGGGCACGCGCAUGACGCCUUUACGUGGCACGCUUUGUUUUUGUUGACGUGGAGAAGGAAGAAGGGGUAACUAUUUUAACGCGCGAAAAACCGACCGAGUCGUCUUCUUUUUUUUAGCAACGUGACGUCACAUCCCGCCAAAAAACGUUUUGUUGUUGUGGCAGCUGACCGGACAUCACGGAGGACCAGUGAACACGGGCGCGCGCACACACUCACGCGCCGUGUUCCCUCGUGAAGAAGCGGGAGAAGAAACACUCGCGCACGCGGGAUCAAGCUCGCGCCACCGGGGAUAUCCGGGGUUUGCACGCGCAACAACAACAGCUCCGGUUGGGACCAUGGCGGAGAUGGACAGCUCUGAGGUGGAGGACCAGUCGGGUCCGAACAAGAGCAGCUCCAACGCAUCAGGUGGCAUCCUGGAGGGGAAGCGGGCGAAGAAGUCGGUGGAGCGGUUCGACUUUCAGGCCCCGAAGCAGAAGGAGAAGCUCAAGUUUGGAGACGGGAGCGGAGACAAGCUGGGGGACAUUCCUCGUACCGGACACCAGAUCACCAGGAUGAAGGCAGCCGACCUGAAACCGCUUCACUUCAUCCUGUUCGACCGGCCGGGGAAGAUGGCGUCCCUGAAGAAGAACCUGCGUCUCUUUAACGGCUUCCCCUUCGACGCCGCCAGCGGGCAGUUCUCCAAGAAGCGAGAGAAGCUCCUGAAGAACUCCAACUUCACCAACAGAAAGCUGAAGGUGGUGUGCAGCGUUCUGGACCUGGAGAAGAAGGGGACGCACCCGGACCUGGUGGACCGCAUCCUCCUCUUCCUCAUCGCGCCCAAGAACAGCGGCAAGCGUCUCCCCGUAAAGAAGAAGAGGAAGUCGAAGAAGAAGCUGUCCGGUGAAGACUCAAAGUCCAGCUCCAAGAAGAAGAGCAGACCCUCCUCUUCCUCCUCCAGCCCCAAGAAGUCCAAACCGGGGAGCAAGUCCAAGGCCAUCGUCAUGGAGACCAGCAGCGAUGAGGAGGAGGAGAAGGAGAAGGCCGAGGCCGAGGAGGGAUCGGAUACAGAGGACAAGCAGUCGGAAAAAGAGGAAGACCAGUCCGACAAAUCAGAAGAGUCUUCAGAGGAAGAGGAGGAAGAGGAGCAGGAGGAGCCUCCCAAAUCCAAGUCUGUUCGGGGGAAGUCGGCGUCCAAGAAAACGGCGCCGGUGAAAAGACAGAGGACACCAACGAAGAAGAGCGGUCCUCCCAAGAAGAGGACAAAGAAAGAAGUUUAAGAAGAGUCGGAGUCUGACGCCAACGAGAAGCCCUCACAGAAGAAGUGGGUCAAACCGACCCCCAACACCAAGAAGGCCGACAGCAGCAGUAACAGCAAACGCAACACCAACACAGCGGAGGACGACAGCUCUGACGACGACGCGCCGCUCAUCAAGAUGGUGAAGAAGACUCCGAGUGAAGAGCAGCUGAGGGACACGGUGAAGAAGCUGCUGGAGGAGGCGGACCUGGAGGAGAUGACCAUGAAGCAGAUCUGUCAGAGGGUGUUUGACACGUACCCGAACCACGACCUGAGCAGCAAGAAGGACUUCAUCAAACAGACCGUCAAAUCUCUCAUCUCAUGAAGAAGAAUCAACUCGUUUUCAUGAGUUUCAUAAUGAAUUAGUUGUUCAUAGUUAUCUAAAUGAUUGUUUUUGUUGUUAUUAAUGUGACUUGUGUUGUUUAAAGUUUCCUGUCACAUUUACGAGGACAAAGACGAGUAAACUUGUAUUUUUCUUCCUGAAGUUUAACAUUUCCAGGUUAAUAUGUAAAUGUUUCUAAUCAGCUAUUUUUGGAUUAACUCAUUUUGUUUUUAUUUUGCUCUUUCAAAAUAAUUUACGAAUUAAAACCUUUUUUAAAUAAAAUGGUGCUGAGUAAUUUUCCUCCCGAUGAAUUAAAAUUGUUUUUUUAUAUAAAAUUGUC